AUGAGUGCGGUAACUCCAUCGACAUCUGAGUACGCCGUUGAUGGCGCGAGUGUAAAUGAGCAAAUUCAACGUAUUGUGGCAGACUUGCCACAGGUCAAUGCUCAUCUUGAAAAUGCUUCCCCGGUUGAGAUCCUCAAGUGGUCCAUAGACCACCUGCCCAAUUUAUACCAGACCACUGCUUUUGGUCUCACGGGUUGUGUAACUUUGGAUCUUAUUUCAAAGAUUAGCGCUGAGCGCAGCAAGAACGAGUCUUCUGUCCCCCAUCACCUUGUGCCUCUGAUCUUUGUUGACACUCUUUACCAUUUCCCACAGACUCUUGACCUGGCAAACCGUGCUUCAUCACACUAUAAUGCGCCUAUGCAUGUUUACAGGCCGAUUGGUACAGAUACAGUGUUAGAGUUCGAGAGACGCUGGGGGCCCGAGUUUUGGGUGCGUGAAGAAGACACAUACGACUAUCUUGUUAAGGUUGAGCCGGCACGACGUGCAUAUGAAGAGCUUAAUGUACGUGCGGUGUUCACUGGACGUCGCCGCUCGCAGGGAGCAGACCGAGCUUCUUUGCAAGCGGUUGAAGUGGAUGAAACAGGGCUCAUCAAGGUUAACCCGCUGCUAAAUUGGUCAUUUUCCGAUGUGGAAAAGUACGUAAAAGAGAAUGCGGUUCCAUACAAUGAGCUGCUUGAUAUGGGCUACAAGUCGAUCGGAGACUGGCAUUCGACAUCACUCCCGACUGGGAAAGAUGGCGCUGACGAGCGUUCUGGGCGUUGGAGUGACAAAGCUGGCAAGACGGAGUGUGGCUUGCACAAGGACUACUUCAAGUUCAAAGUGUUGGCAGAGAAGAAAUUGCGUGAGGCCGAACUUAGUCGGAUCGAUGCGAGUCGUCCUUAG